AUGUUCAGUGGAAUAUUUUGGAACCACAUACAAUUUAUUUGCGUAGACUUAGCUGUCUUAGUUGUGAGAAAGAUUGCCAGCACUACGGUAUUGGUAAAUAUAUAUACCAAAGAGACACAAGGAAUCGGAUUUUCAAUUGAAGAUGAUCAGAAGUUGCCAUUCACAGGACGAACUGAAGAGGACUAUUCACCUGAGAUUGUUUUCAAGCGACCUAGACGCCAGAUGAUGUGUCUCAGUGACAGCAGCAAUAGCGAAGAUGCAGUACCGGUUGAAGGAACUGCUGGGAAAAAUCAUAAUGAUCUGACUUCUAGAGAUAGAAAGAUGACUUUAAGUAUCCUAGACAAAAGAUUUUCUUUUUUAGCGACGAUAGUGACAGCGAAGAGAUUUUUAAUAAAAACAGAAAUACUGAAAUGCCCCGAGAUGUACUUUUUUAAAAAAAAAGUCAAUACAAUUAACCAUGACGAGGAAGACAAUAUUUUUUAA